GAUGAAUCGACAGAGUGGGCUGUGACCAUGGCCUCCCGCCUAGGCACAAUUGAAUCGGUUUCGAAUGCUAAGGGGUCUGAAGCGUCUGAAAGAACAAUUGUUGUUGCUGGUCUUCCGGUUGGUUGUUUGCGUGAUCAAUUACUGGCCAAGGUAGUGAAGAUUUACUUCCAAGAUCCUAAGAUUGAGGGUGGAGAUGUUGAAAAUGUGAUAUACCCAACAAGAACCAAGGGAGUUGCAUAUGUAACAUUCAAGGAAAAAACAGUUGCAGCGAAUGUCAUCAGGAAGCGGAAGCACCGCCUAGAAAGGAAGGAAAUUCGUGCUCAACUCACAGUCUCUGGCUUUAGUGAGCAGGUCUUCUGUGCUGUAAAUGCCAUCCUUGACCUUUCAGUCUUUCAGAAUCAAGUUAUUCUAGAAAACCUGAUAAGGGACCUAAAAAAGAAAAUCCCAACUUUAUGCUUUAGCCCUCUGGAAGCCAAUGGAAGAAUCUCUGUUCAAGGAUCAUUUCUGGCCAUCAAGCAGCUCAGAGAAUCUUUGUUGCUACAAGCCAUUGAUCUUUCAGGGAAGAAAACGCCUUCUAGCAGCGAGGAAAAGAAUUGCAGCAGACCAAGCCCCCGAAGGAGCAAACAGGGACAUCAUGCCCCAUUGGAGUCACUCUGGACCUUAGUACCUGAGACAACCAGAAAUGGAGAAACACUUGUUCUCGACACAGAUGUGUUCCUUUACUUGAAAUUCAGGUGCAAGUAUUACGAAAGCACAUUGAAAGAGUGUAAGGUUCUAAGUCAGGAGAUAGUGGAUGGUGACAUCACCACAAUUUGUCUGAAAAAUGCACAGGGUGGGUCUCAGCCACAUGAUGCAAAGCAGGUAAAGCAGCUCCUAGAAGGAUAUGCACAUUCUCUUCAGCGAGACCUUAGAAAAGAAACAUUGGUUCUGGAAGGAAUGGAGAAUGGAGAGAAAAGGGCUCUCCGAUUGGCAUGUGAGAAGCUGCAAGUGAGGUACCCUAAAGUGCUGGUCAAUUGCUAUCGGACACACAUUGACAUUAUAGGGUCUUCCUCUGACACUUACCUAUUUAAAAAACAGGUAAGGAAAUUGACAGGAUGAAAGGUUAGUUAAUAAAAUCUCAGCAACACUAAUGUUAAUAGUUCCUUCCUCAAAGGAACUGGGACCACAUCAUGUACCUGUUGGCAUUGCACAUACCAUCUCAUUUAAUCUACACAACCAACUUUCAUUGUAGGAAUGAUUAUCUUUAGGUUGCAGGAGAAGAAAGUAGGAGUUGGAGACAUUAAAAGACUUUCUGAAAGUUAUAGCGCUCACACGAAUGGGCUGGAACUAGCCCAGGAUGUCUGACGGCAAAGAAUUUCUGAGGUAUAGCACUUUGAAAAGAAGCAAAAUAAAAACAACUUAUUAAACUUGGAAGAAAUCUCAUUUUCUCAGCAGCCCUAAAUUAUUAGAAAAAGAAGUAGACUUGAUUCUAACAUACUAGAAGUUUGAGUGAUUAUUUACCUGCUCUUGACAAUUUCUUAACAUUUACAAAGUAUGUGUUCACUCUAAAUAGGCAAAAGACACUUGAAAUGCUGGGAAGAAGGAAGAUAUUUUUGAGUCAGAUUACCGUCUUGGAAACCCACAGGGGCAGUUCUGCCCUGUCCUAAAGGGUCACUAUGAUUCGAUGGCAUGUGCUUGUUUUUGUCUAAUCAUAACUGUACUAGAGCCCAUUGCAGCAAAAUUUCAGGCCACAAAGUAUUUCACUGCUGUUAAUUUAGCUCAGGCUUGUACAAAAGGUUUGUGCUCAUGUUAUAAAGAAUUUUGAAA